ACUAUACAUAUAGAAUUCACUUCGGAUAUUGUUUACUGAAGAGCUGAUGAAACAUUGAGUUGAGGAAAAGGCGAUGAAUUUGCCUGUAUGUUGACUCGUGCAGGGAUGAGAUAUAUUCUGUAAAUAUGUCCUUAGGAACUUCUGUGUUUCCCAAAUCCACUAUGGCAUCUGGCUCUCCCAACAGUGUAGCACCCUGAAAACAAUGAACAAUACAUGACCGAGUCUUUCACAACACAACACAUGACUCUGCUCUUUCGGUGUGCUGUUGUAUGAGAAUUGUGCUGUUUAUCUGACAAUGAAUUUCUUGAUGAACAAACAAGAAAUAAAACACUGAAGACUAGUUUACACGUCUUACCGGUGGGCAGUUUGUUAUACCCUGUCCCCCAAAGAAAUACUCCGCUCCAUGGAUUACUACUGAUGUGUGCCUAAAUCCAAAUAACACAGCUUUUAACUCUCAUCCGGCAUUUUAUGUCAGCACAAACAUUUUUCAAUGAGAAGCGCGAUCAGGGAGAAUGUAGAGUAGAUAUGGCUUUUAAAUACUUACCAAACUCCUUCCAGUUGUUUUCCUGUCAAUCAGAAUGCGAGGGUUAAUUUGGUAAAUGGUUUUACAAGUAAAGAAUAUUUGGUUUACCUGGCAGCUAAUUCACUUUAGCUGGAAUCUUGCUAACAAUCACAAGUUGCUCACCUAACAGCAGAGGACUGAGCUGGCGAGCAAGUCCCUUUGACAGGUCAUAAAUAUAGAGCUUCACACUGUAGGUCUGAUCCUCCAUCACUCAGUGCGACUUUUAAAGCAAUAAAAACGGGAUAAGACUACAGUGAGACGUUCCGCCGGAUUUUGUUUGAGGUUAUCCUCCGAUUUAAAAGUUUAAGACGACAGGAACAUAAAGCGGAUGACUGUGCUAUUUACAUCAGGAAACAAAAACCGUCUCGUUUAUACUCCACAGCGACAGGUGGCGAUAUAAAACGCAAAAGUUUGUAAACAGGACUUUUCAUGCAGUGGUCCUAUGUAUUGACGUGUCUAACACAUUUGUAUUAAAAAAAAUGCUGCUCUUUUUAGCUGGUACAAGUUUCUGAAAGGUCAGUCUAAUCUAAGGUAAAUAUUUCUGCAGUGAUUCGGUUACAUUCCGGUUUCUAUUUACUCGUCGAUCCGUACCCGAACACUUCCGCCUGCACAAACCACGCCCUCUAAGACUUUGAUUGGUGUAAGUGGUUCCAUGCUUGUCGUUGAUUGGAUUGUUGCACUGUCAAUCAAAUUGUAGCCUUUUGGAAUUGGACCACACAGCCGCGCGGGGUUCUGUUUUUCCGCUGCGAAGAAGCCAAAGGAAGUUGCUAACUCAUUAUAGAUUCCUUUCUAGAAAUAAAGUCUGGAGUUUAUUUAAGGAGACUAAGGAAACUUAUAAACAUUUUGCCCUCUGGGGAAAGAAUUCGUUCGGUUACAGGGUGAAAAGAAGAGAAUGGCUGAUUGGUCAGAUUACCGAAAUGAUGAUGACGACGAGGUUGAGCAAGAAGAAGGAGAAGAUCCUGCAGGAGAAUACCAGAGCAGUGGGCGUGACAGCUUGGUGUUCUUAGUGGAUGCGUCUAAAGAAAUGUUCGUUAAAGGAGAAGAUGGAGAACCUUCUAACUUUGACAUGACAAUGCAGUGUGUGCGCAAUGUGUACACCAGUAAAAUCAUAAGUCGUGACCGAGACCUGGUUGCAUUGGUGUUUUAUGGGACUGAGCAGAGCAAGAACCCCAGAAACUCUUUCAAACAUGUCUACGUUUACCAUGAUCUGGAUUCUCCUGGUGCUCGGCGUGUGCAGGAAAUCGAUAACCUGAGAGGUGAUAAAGGGGCUCAGCUGGCUGCAGAGAUCAUGGGCAGUGGGGAGACAUCACUCGGAGAUGCUCUGUGGUGCUGUUCAAAUUUAUAUAGUGACAUUAAGCUACGGCUGGCUCACAAACGCCUCAUGAUUUUCACCUGCAGAGAUGACCCUCACGGAGGAGACAGAAAUAGAGACAAACUGGCUUGUACUAAGGCUGAUGAUGUUAAAGAGACAGGCGUGGUUAUAGAUUUAAUGCACCUAAGCAAGCCGGGAGGGUUUGAUGUUUCCCUGUUCUUCUGUGACAUUGUAACCCCCUCUGAGGAUGAGCUUGAGCUUGGGCUGCAGCUUGAACCUUGUGGGAAACUUGAGGAACUCACAAAGAGGGUCAGGGCUCGAGAGAUGCCAAAGAGAGCUCAGAGUAGGCUGACUUUUUCUCUGGGAGAUGAUAUGAAGGUGGCAGUGGGUGUGUAUAUCUUGGUCAGAACAGCCAGUAAACCUUCUGCUGUCCGAUUGUAUAGAGAUACCAAUGAGCCAAUGCGCACUAAAACCCGUCUCUUCCACACCCAAAAUGGAAGCCUGCUUCUGCCCAGUGAUAUCAAGAAAGCCCAGGUUUAUGGAAACAAGCAGAUUGUGAUGGAGAAAGACGAAGUGGAUGAGAUCAAAAAGUUUGAUGAACCUGGUCUUGUUCUGAUGGGAUUUAAGCCUAUGGAUCGUUUGAAAUUACACCAUCAUAUACGGCCUGCAUUGUUCAUAUAUCCAGAGGAGGAGCAAGUCACAGGGAGUUCCUGUGUUUUCACAGCUCUGCUGCAAAAAUGUAGUGAAAGAAACGUGUUUGCAUUGUGCAAGUUCACUUCACGCCGUAACACUCCGCCUCGCUUUGUGGCCUUGGUACCCCAGACAGAAGUGCUGGAGAACAGUGUGGUUCAAGUUGCACCUCCAGGUUUUCAUGCUAUUUUCCUACCUUACGCGGACGAUAUACGCACUCUGGAUGUGCAUGAGUGUCCUACAGCCUCUGCUGAACAAGUUAACAAAAUGAAAGAGAUUGUGCACAAACUCCGCUUCAAAUAUAGGAGUGAUGCAUUUGAAAAUCCAGUUCUGCAACAGCAUUAUAGGAAUCUGGAGGCCCUAGCUCUGGAUAUGAUGGCACCUGAAGCUAUUGAGGACUUUACAUUGCCCAAGUUGGAAAUGAUUGAUGAUCGACUUGGUCCUUUAGUUCAAGAAUUCAAAGAUUUGGUCUAUCCAGCGGACUACAACCCUGAAGGCAAGCCAUCAGCCAAACGCAAACCAGCUGAGGCUAGGGGAGGUGUUGAUAAGAAGCCAAAAGUUGAGCUGUCAGAAGAUGAGCUGCGAGCCCACGUGGCUAAAGGAACUUUGGGAAAGCUGACGGUUCCUGUGCUGAAAGAUGCCUGCAAACAAUUUGGAGUACGAACAACAGGCACCAAAAAACAGGAACUCAUAGAUGCUCUGACUGCGCAGCUCUGAAGAUGAAUCGAGACAGACAGCUGAAGAUUUUGCUUCAUUUUAUAAGAGUGUCUGAUGCUGACAAUUGAUAUGUAAUAACAAUUAAAAUGUGUUAAAUGUG